AUGGACUCACAAUUUGCCGCACAAAUCAUGCUCGUACUGCAGACGACGGGAAUGGCAGCUAUUAUCUUUUUUAUAGCAUGGAUCUUCGUCCCAAGACUACAGCAUAGGUACUAUAUGAGCAAGCUACCCACCGUUACCGCAGGAGCCGCCUACACAACUACUGCAGGUAAAAUUUACAAAGAUGGGUAUAAAAAGUUUAGAGACCAGGCCUUUACACUUAUCAAUGAUCAAGGCAAUGAAAGCGUUAUUAUCCCUCCGCGUUUCCUACCAGAACUCCGAAAUUUAGGCGAAGAUGUUCUUAACUUCUCAAAAGGCAUUACCGAUGAGAUGGAGAUCCGAUAUACAAAACUCGUUGGUGAGAGUCAUGCUAUUACAGAUACUCUUAGGACAAAGCUUACAUCGGCAAUACCUCGAUUGCACGCAUCUAUGGCUAGUAAUAUUGAACUAGCCAUCCAAAUAUUUUUGCCACCGUGUGACGACUGGACUGAAGUCAACAUUAACGAGAAAUUGGUUCCUAUCAUUGCCAAGACCUCGGGUAGCGUUUUUGUUGGUCCAGAAAUAUCUAGUCAUCCUGACUAUUUUAAUGCUGCCUGCAUGUACCCUGUGGAUGUAUUCAACGUCGUUACUGCUGUUAAAAAGAUUAGCCCAUGGCUAAAGCCCUUUUUAGCCCUACGUACACCAGAGGUUCUUACGCUCCGUAAACGUGAGGAGCUAACUAAGAAUGUUCUACGUCCUAUUAUUGAGCAGCGAAUCGCGGCUAAAGCUAAAGCCAAAGAUCCUAAGUGGAAGGAACCAGAAGACUUACUGCAAUGGAUUAUUAACAGAAAUGCGGGCAAGACCUCUGUCGACGAUAUUAUUACUGGCCAACUUACAUUAAUCUUUGCCGCUAUCCAUACUACGAGUACAACUCUUACUAAUAUCAUGUUCACUCUCGUCUCUAAGGCAGAGUAUAUUGAGCUUCUCCGAGAGGAGAUUCGUCAAGCUAUCGCUGAAGAAGGAGGUAGCAUUACUUACCGUGCAGUUCAAAAGAUGGAAAAGUUAGAUAGCUUUAUGAAGGAGGUUCUCCGAUUCCACGCUUCGAGUAUUACCAAUAUGGUCCGCCGUGUAGUUAAGGGUAUAACUCUAAGUAACGGCCAAUACAUUCCCCCUGGUGUUAUGAUCGAAGUUGCCUCACAAGCUAUCUACCAAGACGAUCAGUUCUACCCCCCUAAUCCUGAGGUAUUCGACGGCCUCCGUGCCUAUAAGAUGCGCUCAACUGGCAAGGCUGCGGAUAUCGCCCGUAACCAAUUCGUUACCGCUAACGAAGAAAACCUUGCCUUUGGCCAUGGUAGGCACGCGUGCCCUGGUCGGUUCUUUGCUGCGCUUCAGAUGAAGAUUAUUAUAGCCCACUUCCUGCUUAACUACGAUAUUAAGAUGCCUAAUGGCCAGACGGAGAGACACCCCCAGAUUGAGAUAGGCAGGUUAUCGAUUCCUUAUCCCGCAGGACAGCUUCUCUUUAAGAAGAGGGCGGCGGCUUAG